AUGCCUCAUCUUCUGCGGCAGAACAUGUUGUUGCCCAAUCCGCCCACGGUGGUCAUGCACGAUCCUCGCACCCACCUGCGGCACCUGCCCCCCGCCUACAGUCCCGCCCAAACUCCGUUGAGUCGCGAACGGGACUUUGCCCCGCAGGUGCGCUAUAACCUGGAGUCGCCACGUAAGCCCAAGUUCCGACCCUGCAAGGUCAUCUUUGUGGGCGAUUGCGCAGUGGGUAAGACCGCCAUUGUCAAUCGGUUUUGCUUCGACAAAUUCCAGUCGAAUUACAAAGCCACCAUUGGCGUGGACUUUGAGUUGAUAAACUUCAGCAUUCUGGGUCACAACUAUAGUCUAGAAAUGUGGGACACAGCUGGUCAGGAGCGAUUUAAAUGCAUAGCUGGAGCUUAUUAUCGCAAUGCAAGUGUGAUAGUGGUGACCUAUGACAUGUCGAAGCGGGAUACCCUGGAAUCGGCGAAAAAGUGGCUACACAGCGCACUCAACUACAACACUAGCCAAAAACCUCUCAUCUUUUUAGUGGGCACAAAAGCAGAUCUCUUGACGAAGGAGGAGUUUGUACGCAUGGAACGAUUGGCGGGAUUGGUAGCUGCCGAACUCCAGGCCGAAUACUGGUCCGUCUCAGCGCGUUCUGGUUUCAAAGUCACUGAAUUCUUUCAAAGGAUUGCUGGUUUAGCAUUUGAAGAAGCUGUGAAGCAGGAACUUAAAUCAAUCAAAAAUAAUCCAAAAGAAACGGCGACUCAGUCAUCAGUUAAAUCGCAAACAUUUGAUUUACGUAGCUUUUUUAGCAGUCGCUUUUCGCCUCAAAAAAAUGGGUGUGCUUGUUAGCCCAGUUAUUUUCCAACCAAUAUUCUAGUUAAAAAUAUGAUUUUUAAUUUAAUGUAUACAAUACAACUAAUAUUUAAUUUAGCUACGAAUAAUAAAAAUAAGUAUAAUUAAA